CUUCUCCAAAUCGAGGAGCCGCUCGACAUGUCACCGAUCUGAAUUUUCUGGAUUAUUUUUCACCAUUUUUUGGUUCGCCGCUAUUUUUCCCAAGUGGCAUUUAUACUGGGGAAACGACUUUUGAUAAAGAUUUUGCGAAAGUGACCCCCCACCCCCAUUCCACCCCUACACCCCCUCCUUCAGACUUCAAAUCAUGCCAUUUAAAAGUGCAAAGAGCUCCACCGCGGCCGCCGCCUCCAAGUCAGCAGGAGGAAAGGGGUCGCAGCCUCGGGAUGCCUCCGAGGACGAGCUGGACGAACCCCCCCGAGGAAGCCGCUCCAAUGGCCAGGGAGAGGAGGAAGCACCGCCGCCGACAACUGCCUGUGCCACAGAUCCGCCUGUCGGGGAGGCUGCCGAGGCGGUUGAUAGCCGCCCUUUGGAGGAGAUUCUCGGUAGCACCCCUCCACCCCCGCCCCCAGCCAUGACCAAUGAGCCUGGCGCUCCCCGCCUCAUGAUAACGCAUUUAGUCAAUCGCAACUUCAAGUCGUAUGCAGGCGAGCAGAUUCUAGGGCCCUUUCACAAGCGGUUUUCCUGCAUCAUUGGUCCGAAUGGAAGUGGCAAGUCCAAUGUGAUCGACUCCAUGCUAUUUGUGUUUGGAUACAGAGCUCAAAAGAUCCGAUCGAAAAAGCUGUCGGUACUAAUCCACAGUUCUGAUCAGCACAAAGAUGUCCAAAGCUGUACUGUGGAGGUGCAUUUUCAAACGAUUAUUGAUAAGGAAGGAGAUGACUACGAUGUCAUCCCCAACAGCAAGUUCUAUGUUUCCAGGAGCGCCCACAAAGACAAUUCUUCAGCCUACUAUAUCAAUGGCAAAAAGGCCACAUUCAAAGAAGUGGGCAUUUUGCUUCGAAGCCACGGCAUCGACUUGGACCACAAUAGAUUUCUCAUCCUCCAGGGUGAGGUGGAGCAAAUUGCCAUGAUGAAGCCCAAAGGUCAGACGGAGCAUGAUGAGGGAAUGCUGGAGUACCUGGAGGACAUUAUCGGCUCCUGUCGCCUCAAAGAGCCCAUCCAAACUCUGGCCCGCAGAAUUGAACUGCUUAAUGAACAGAGAGGGGAGAAGCUCAACCGAGUCAAGCUCGUGGAGAAGGAAAAGAAUGCUCUUGAGAAAGAAAAGAACAAAGCUGUGGAGUUUCUCACUUUGGAAAAUGACAUCUUCAAACAUAAGAGUCGCCUCUGCCAAUAUUAUGUUCAUGAUCUGCAAAAGCGUGUGGCGGAUAAAGAGCAGGAAAAGAACAACAUCUUAGAGGACACCAAAGAACUCUCAGAGAAAACCGCUAAGAUAUCACAAGAGAUGGAGAAAAUGAAUCAGGAGCUCAAAAAUGUGGAGAAGAAACAGAACAAGCUCAACAAGUACAUUGAGACUCAGAAGGAGAUGUUCACCCAGCUAGACUUGCAGGACGUUGAAGUGCGCGAGAAGAUCAAACACUCGAAAAGCAAGAGCAAGAAGUUACAGAAACAGCUGGAGAAAGAUCAAGAAAAGCUGGAAGAGGUGCGCAGUGUACCCACAAACAGCGAAAAGGCCAUCUCAGAGGCCACCGCUCGCAAGGAAGAGCUGGAGAAGCAGAAAGGGAAGGAGGAGGAGAAACUCAAGGAGGUGAUGGAGAGUCUAAAAGAAGAGACUAGUGGCUUGCAACAGGACAAAGAGGCCAAAGAGCAAAAGUUGAUGGAGCUGAGUAAAGACGUGAACGAGACGCGUUCUCGUAUGGACCUGGCGCAGUCUGAGAUCGACAUCUACCUGAGCCGCCACAACACGGCCGUAACACAGCUCAACUCGGCCAAACAAGCCCUUCAGACCACGUCGGACACGCUGCAGGAGCGCCGUGCCGCUAUUAAAGAACUGGAAGUCAACAUACCGAAGACGGAGAAAGAAUUCAGGAAGGACGAGGCAGAGCUGGAGCAGCUGACAAAGAUGGAUAACGAAACCCGUCAGAUCGUGGGGGAAAUGAGACAGAAGGUAGACGAGGCCAAGACCUCCCUGUCCUCCAACCGCAGUCGGGGCAAGGUCCUGGAUGCUCUCAUGCAGCAGAAGAAGAGUGGCAGAAUUCCUGGUAUUCUUGGAAGACUGGGAGACCUGGGAGCCAUUGAUGAAAAGUAUGACGUGGCAAUUUCCUCCAGUUGUGGCGCUCUGGAUCACAUUCUGGUGGACACCAUCGACACGGCUCAGAAAUGUGUCACAUUUCUCAAGCAGCAGAACAUCGGCGUGGCCACCUUCAUUGGUCUUGACAAGAUGAAGGUUUGGGAAAAGAACAUGGGCCCGAUCCGCACCCCUGAGGACAGCCCCCGUCUCUUUGACAUGGUGAGAGUGAAUGACACCAGCGUGCGCCCGGCCUUCUAUUUUGCCCUGAGGGACACCCUGGUGGCCCGGGACAUGGAGCAAGCCACGAAGAUUGCCUUCCAGAGAGAAAAACGCUGGAGAGUGGUCACCCUCAAGGGCCAGAUCAUCGAGAUGGCCGGAACAAUGACUGGAGGAGGAAGAGUAAUGAAGGGCAGGAUGGGCUCCUCUCUCAACACUGAGGUCUCCCAGGUGGAGCUCGACCGCAUGGAGAUCAAGCUGAACGAGAACGUGACAAAGCUGCAGGGCUGCCAGGAGAGGAAGCUGCAGCUGGAGGAGAAUGUCCAGCGUUUCCACUCUCAGCUCCGCGACAUGAAAAACACUCUGGAAAAAUACGUCAACAGCAUGACCAGUCUGGCUGACCAGCAGAGCCACCUCAAGGUGCAGAUGAAGGAACUGGAGGCCAAUGUGCUGGCUGCUGCCCCGGACAAGACCAAACAGAAGCAGAUGGAGAAGUCUCUGGAGGUCUACAAGAAAGACUUCGAAGCAGCGUCCAGUAAAGCGGGAAAGGUGGAAAACGAGGUGAAGAGGCUCCACAACCUGAUCGUGGAAAUCAACAGCCACAAGCUGAAGGCUCAGCAGGACAAGCUGGACAACAUCAACAAAGGCCUCGACGAAUGUUCCUCCACCAUCACCAAAGCGAAAGUUGCCAUCAAGACGGCAGACCGCAACCUGAAGAAGUGCGCGGACAGCGUGACUCGCUUGCAGAGCGGGCUGGAGGACAACGACAAGUCUUUGGCGGCAUUCACGGAGCAACUGAAGAAACUGGAGGACGAGGCGGGAGAGAUCAUGAAAGCUUGUCAAGAAGCUGAGGCGGCGCUCCCUGAGGUGCAGGAGCAGUACCAGACCGUGAUGAAGGAGAUCAAUGUCUUACAGCAGCAGGAUCACGCCCUACAGGAGGAGUCGCUGAGCGUGCGGCUGCGCGUGGAGCAGAUGGAGGCCGCCGUCAGCGAACACAAGCACAAGAUCAAACACUGGCAGAAGGAGGCCUCAAAGCUGUCCCUGCACGCCGUGGAGGGUACGCCGGACGAGGAGCUACCCGUCCUCACGACCGAGCAACUCGACGAAAUCGCAGACCCCAACAUCAUCAGCAGCAAGAUGAUCACCUUGGAGACCAAGUGUGCCCAAAUGAAGCCCAACCUGGGCGCCAUCGCAGAGUAUCAGAAGAAGGAGGAGCAGUACCUGCAGCGCGUGGCCCAACUAGAUGAGAUCACCAACCAGCGGGACAAUUUCAAACGCGGCUAUGAGAACCUGUGCAAGCAGCGCCUCGGCGAGUUCAUGAGCGGCUUCAACAUGAUCACCAGCAAGCUGAAGGAGAACUACCAAAUGCUAACACUUGGGGGCGACGCCGAGCUGGAGCUGGUGGACAGCCUGGACCCCUUCUCUGAGGGGAUCAUGUUCAGCGUGCGACCUCCAAGGAAAAGCUGGAAAAAGAUCUUCAACCUGUCGGGAGGAGAGAAGACCCUCAGCUCCCUGGCGCUGGUGUUCGCCCUGCACCACUACAAACCCACGCCACUCUACUUCAUGGAUGAGAUUGACGCGGCCUUGGACUUCAAGAAUGUCUCCAUUGUGGCGUGUUACAUCUAUGAGCAAACCAAGAACGCUCAGUUCAUCAUCAUCUCGCUGAGGAACAACAUGUUCGAGAUCGCCGACCGCCUCAUCGGCAUCUACAAGACGCACAACACCACCAAGAGUGUCGCGAUCAACCCCAAGACCAUCGUGUUCCAAGACAUCGACGCCGCCACCGCCUAGAAUUCUCACUUCAGGCGCCACUUUCCUGUCUGCUCACUUGUAAAUAUUUUGUCCUGUACGAUGAGGUGCUGCUAUUUUAUACGCUUGGGAAAUCAAGAUUAAAUAAAGAAAUUUCAAUUCA